CACUCUCACAAACUCUCACACACUCUCACACACUCUCACACACACCUGAUACAGAACACCGAGGACAAGCCUAUAGCAAUACAUUUUAAUGAUGAACUGCAUCAUGCUUUCUGUCUUUGUGUGCCUGUGCUUCAUUACCCUGACUGCAGGAAUGAGUGUUGAACCACGAUGCCGCUGUAGUGGGUUUGAGAGUCGACGUGUUGGAAAGAUGAUCGAUCGUGUUGAACUUUUCCCCCCGAAUCCACACUGCACACACACAGAGAUCAUAGCCACAAUGAAGCACAGCGGUCAGCAGAUCUGUCUGGACCCUAAAGCACCAUGGGUAAUGAAGGUGAUUGAAAAGAUCAUGGCAAACCGUUCGCCCUGAAAAUCCAACCUGCACUAUCUACUGUUAUUAUGUGUGUGUGUAUGUGUGUGUAUGUGUGGGUAUGUGUGUGUGUGUGUGUGUGUGUGUGUGUUUUCAAGUCUGUAAAAUAAUUUAUUUAUGUAUUUAUAUAUUUUGUCAU